UCAAGAACGAAAACAAGGGUGUGACCGAGAGCAGCAAAUAUGUUUUCCUCUUCAUUUUUGUGAAAGAAAAAGUGGAAAAUUUAGCCUUCCAGCCCACUUACAGCGUCCUAAUUAAUAGCACAAAAAGUAUGUAAUCGUGCACCAAGUGUUAGAAACAUGGAGUACGGACUUAAUUAGUGCUGGAAGGGCCAUUAACCGAGUUUGAAGCAUACAACGCGACGAAAAAAUCAAGUGAAAGAUGAUUUAAAUCGAGUGGGCGCUCUUCCCAGGCGAAUGAGACUUUUUCCUCUUCGUCACCACACGUCCUGGCCCUGAUCCUGGCCGUGACGUCCUUGUUCUUUACUUUCCCCUUUAUAGCAAAAGUAUUGAUGAUUGUUGGAAGAACGGAGAUUUUGGCCGAUUGGAAUCUCCUACUGCAGGAGAGAUAAAAAUGUGAAGUAUUAAGGCAAAAGUGUUAUACCUCAAGAGCCCAGUUUGCAUUAUUAAACACAGGAUAAUCGGAGUGUGCAAAGUUGAAUCAUCCAUCAGCGGCAAGGAGCCGAGUGUUAUUUAGUGUGUGUGCGUGUGCGGUUCCACUAGUGCCAUGCAGGGCUCCACUCCACCUAUAAUGGGAUAUCCCGAAGAUGACGAUCAAUACAAGGUGCCGCUGAUCGCCAAGCUUCUACAUGCAUUACCUCAUUACAACAUUACUUUUCACCGGAUUAACAAUACUUUUCGACCAUCAAAUGAAGUCUACUUGGAGAGUCUGGGUAUCCUGGGAUCGAUACCAGCCGCAUUGUUAAUAGUAUCACUUUUCGGGCUUCUGCUGUACCUCCUGACGCGAUGUUGCGACCGUAAGCCCCGGCCGGCACAUUCAAUAACCAGUCUCAAAGUUACCCUCUCCAUUGUCACUGUACUGUGCUGUGCAGCCAUCGGAUUGGGCCUCUACGGGAACGAUGAUUUACACAAUGGGCUUCUGGAAGUGUUGCAAGCCGGUCGUAAAGUGGAUACUGCCGUCUCGUCUGUACGCAACCAAACAUUCAUCUUGGAGAAUACUCUCACUAUGAAAAUCCAGCAACAGCUCACAGAGCUUGAGGACAUUUUCGAUGGAAAAACGAACAAUCAAACUGCACUGUUGCAGUUGCAAGCAGCGCUUGCAUAUACCAAGGGUAAUGUUACCAAUGCGAAAAAUGCGGCUAACGACAUUCGUCGACCUUUGGUUGGUCUGACCAUAACGGAUUUUCUCUCGAAAGGAGACCAAUGGGAGCUGAUUCGAUGGCCCGGAACGGUGGCCAUACUAGCACUAUUGCUAGUCCUGUGUGCAGUUCUUCUUGUUGGCGUAGCACGCCACUCACGGUGUGCAUUGAUUCUUUUCAGUGUUUGUGGACUUUUGGCCGUGACCGGUUCGUGGCUCAUGUCAGGCCUCUAUCUGUCUACUUCGGUCGCCGUAGGGGAUUUAUGUAACGAUCCAGCGGACUUCCUUGUACAUCAAGCGCCACACGAGCUACCCUCGGAUAUCCUUUUGUACUACACGCAAUGUGACGUUUCACGAUCAAAUCCAUUCACUCAACGACUUCGUGAAUCACAAAAUGCCAUUAACAAUGCACGAAAUUCGAUGAGCACCGUUUCGAAAAUAUCCCCAGUACUAUUCAAGAACGCUGGUUUAGGACCUAAACUGGGAUCAGUUAAUGCGGAUAUCAAGUUGUGCGAGCGUAUUUUAACUGGAUUGACAGCGCUGGUAGACUGUAAAGCCGUUCACUAUAGCUAUCUAAACGCAACACGUGGCCUCUGCGAGGGAGGACUACUAGGACUCGUACUUAUGUUGAUUGCUAGCUUCAUGGCAGCUAUCUUACUCACUGUGAUGGUUUGGGUCGACUCGCAUACGUGGAUUUAUAUAAGAAAAAGGAACGACUAUGCUCAAGUAGAAGAACAAUCAUACGUAUCAGCCCAUCAACUUCAUCCUCAAAAUCAUCAGAAUAUGAAUGCCAGAACACUGCCAAAUCACCAUAAGGGUCCACCAGUGAUUAGCGGUUCCCAAACUCUGGCACAUCCAGCACGUAAUUCAAAGCAUGAAAUGACACCUCAGCAGCAGGCUCAUUUGCACCAUCAUCACCAGGCUAUGAUGAGGCAAGGUGGAACGCACACUCUUGGACGACUGCCAUCUCACAACAAUAGUCCCACCCACAUGCAUGGACCAAACAAUGGCAAAUACGCCACUCUGAGCAAGCACUGCAAGACAUUGGACGCAAAUGAUUUUUACUGA